AUGUCAAUGAUCGGCAAACUCCUUAUUCAAGCGAUCAAUAAAAGUGGCUUUACGUGUUUGGAGACAAAGAGGACUUCCCUUGUGUUUUAUCAACUAAUUCUUAAAACCCCUGUAGUCACCUGGCUUAUCAUCAAAACAAAGUUGUAUCACACAACCGAAUCAUUCGUCAAAGAUCUCGGCAUUUGGCUGGCAAAUAAUGGGAAGGCCGUAAAAGGCCAUAUGCUAGGUUCAUUACUGGCGACGCAGAGCGGUGGUAACUCCACACCCAAUUCCGCAAAUUACAGGCGUAUGCAUUUGCAGCCAAUAUUGUUGCUGAAAUUACCCACUUCGUUUGUGGCAAUGAUACUGAUUGCAUCAACUGGCGCCUACCCUCACUGGAGCGUCUAUGAUAGUCUCGAUACUUAUGAUGAUUACUUUGAUGAUUUCGACCAACAGUACGCCCAACUUCAAAAGCGCUUCCUUUUGGGUCUCGGCCUUACCAAGAACACGCCAGAAAACUAUCUUCUCAAAACCUUCCUUCUUGUUGAGAAUUAA